AUGGGCGAUAAAUCCAGGAGAACCUUUCUUUUUGGAGUUACUGCUGUGAUAAUAUUUUUUUCGUUUGCUGCAGUGGAGUCUCAAAGAUAUAUGUGGAUAUUUGCUAGUAUAUGUGUAUCCAUGUUGUUAAUAAUCGACGUAAUGUUUUUUGGUGUUGAUAAAUUUAUCUAUGAUCCAUUUUACGCCAAUUGGGAAAAAAAACAUUUAAAGGAUUUAUAA